AUCAUCAUCAUCACCACCAUGCAUUGAUUCCAGCUGCAAUAUGAGACGGAGAACGCAACGAGCACUCAUCCAACUCGUGUUCUUUGGCAGUGUUUUAUUCCUUGUCAUCUUCCUCACUCGUUCGGGAUCGAGUUCGAAGACCUUUGCAUGGACCAAAAUCCGCUACAGAACCACCGCUGCCACGCUGCCGGAAGCUCGCGGUAUCUGUGCAGGACUUGCGAAAAGCUCAAGACCAGCACUUGUCGUGUCACGGGUGACGGCUGACGAUUCGAAAUGGCUAGAAAAAUUGGGCAAGAAGUAUCAUCAAUGCGUCUACACUGCGGAUGCGCCGGCCGACCUAAAGUCGACGAAUUUGCAGGUACCUGCAAAUCGCGGUCAUGAGGCUAUGGCAUAUCUGACUUUUCUGAUCGACAAUUAUGACCAUAUUCCAGCAGCGGGUGCCGUCUUCGUCCAUGGGUCACGAUGGGCUUGGCAUAAUGAUGCGCCGGACUACGACAAUGCGGCUCUAUUGGCUCAGCUCAAUAUAACAGCCGCGCUUGAGAUCUCCGGGUACCAUAAUCUUCGAUGUGAUUGGAGUAUUAGUACCUGUCCUGCGUCGACCAAAGCGCAAGGAAGCAUCGAGAUGACGAUGCAGGCGGUCCUGGUCCCAUAUGAUGAGCGUGCGGUUUCUGAUGCCAUGCUGCCACGUGCUCUCGCAAAUAUCUUUGGUGGAAAUGAGCCAGCUCUGGCCAAACCUGGAAGAGGCGAUGCUGUUCGCUCGCAAUGUUGUGCGCAAUUUGUUGUCGCGCGCGAGAGUAUAUGGCAACAUUCUCGUGACGAGUAUGUCGCAUUGAGGCAAUGGCUGCUUGAUGGCACCAGUACUGGUCAGCAGGUCCAAAGAACUCCUGCUGCACCACCAGAUGAUCGGAUCGCAGGCCGAAUCCUCUCUUACGUGUGGCACAUCCUAUACAUCAAGCAGGAUGCCGCGGAUGCCCAGAAUCCGGCUUCAGCUGGUCUUGGCCUUGAAAGACUUAAUGCUUUGGCAUGUCCUUCGGCUCAGGAAUGUUAUUGUCGUUUGUACGGACGCUGCAAUCUUGACGGAUGCCAGGCUGGAAAGUGCUCUGGACAGUAUCGUCUACCGAAGGAUUUGAAAUUACCAGCAGACUGGGCGACAACACAUUCGUGAUGCUGGCCGGAAUCUUACCCUUCUAGCUUUUCGGCCGUGAAGUUGUCCGCUUUUCCCCCGGGAGACUAGGCAGAACAAGUACGUGCCUGACAACUGUUACUACUUGGUCCAUACCUAGGUGUCUCAUAUAAACUGGUGGAGGCGUCAGACUUACAAUGUCUGUCCCUCACAACAUGCUUGAACAUAUAUGUAAUGUGUAUUUUAUGUUUUGGGAUCUAUUUUGGCGUAUGAUUGGGUAUCAGGAAGGAUUUUCAGAUAGAAGAGAUCAUGCACUACAAUCUCGAGAAUAAAGCUCAGUUCAAGCAAACGAAGCAUUUUGAAUUCCCUGUGAUCAGGCAUUGUUAAACGAGGAAUAUAACAAUCCGGUGCAAGACCCUCAAAUAUGCAGCUCUUAAGAAACUUUGAUUACUG